AUGGUGCAUGGCAUGGGCGGCACCUGCGAGGACUGGCAAACAUGGCUGGAAGUGCUGAAAGACAAAUAUCCUGACUGGAUUUUGUGGCCGCUGCAAAGCAUCUCCCGAGGCUGUAGGUUUCUCGGUAAUGAUUUGCGCGAGCUGUCGUCGAUAGCGGCCGACGAGAUAAUUGAAACCAUACGAAGCAAUGAGACGAUGGAUGGUCAAACCACCCUUCAUUGCAUUGGACACUCGAUGGGAGGAUUAAUUAUUCGAGGGGCCCUUCCUCGAGUACUUGACAGCUGCAACACACUGCACCUGGGCCAUUACAUAUCUCUCUCGUCUCCACACUUGGGCAUCCAGUCGAGCUGGCUGCAUCCUUUGCAUUCGUGGAGAAAUCUGUGCUGGCUUUCCCGACCAAUCAGUAACCAGCUGGUGCACCUGGCAAUCCAGGACACCUUCGGAUUGGCGACGCCAUUCCUUCUGGAGUUAAGCCAGCCUGAGAGUGACCAUAUGACGGCACUUGGCAAAUUUAGGCACCGAACGUGCGUAAGCUUGGCCUUCGGUGAUCCACUGAUCCCAGCUGCUUCGGGACUUAUCGAUCCGAAUCUUCUGAUGGAAGCCCACAGCUCUUUCAACGAAUCCUUUUGGCAGCUCACUUUUGAUGACUCCUGGCCAUCGGCAAGCAAAACCUUUGGCCAGCACGGCAAGGCCGCCUCUGGCUGCUUGAAGCUUCCAGCCCUGGUGCUCGGGCUCAUGCAGCUGCUGAUGCAUGGCUUGUGGCGCUUCGUUGUGGCAUUUCUGGGGCUUUGUGGUGUCGCGAUGUCGUCCAGGCGCUCGCCAAGCCAACUUCCAGACUCCUCGCCAUCCGACAGCAGCCCCAAAGUUGGUCGCAGCAGAUCCAAGCUGUCUUGGGAGCUGUCGCAGGACUUGAAAUGCAAGUAUCCGGCGGAGGUCUAUGACGGGCUUCUUUCUGUGCCAUGGCGUCGCGUUGUAGCAAAUGCUCACCAUCGACCUAUCCCCAAGAACAUGCACGUCUUCCUUAUUGGCAAGAAGUGCGAGCAGUUUACCCGCGAGAGACCAGUCGGCAAGUUGCUCAGCGGAAAAUAUGGCCUGCUAAGCUUGCUCCGGCGAGGAGACGAGACAGGCAGCUACUUCAAAGCUCUUUGCACUGCACAAAAGGCGAUGCUGUUUGCUGUCUACACUCGCGGUGACUUCCGUGCGGACUCGAACUCGAGAUCCGAAUAUAGUCAAGCUGUCGCUUCAGUCUUUACGGCACUGCGGCAGGCCUUUGGGGAAGCUCUGGCCCUGACCUCUGCAGCCUCUGUGGGAGCUUUGGCAGCCUGGCUGCUGUUUCGACGAAGUCGCCCCUCAUCGAGAGCUUUGGAUCCGGGACGUGAGGAGCUGAUAUCCGAGUACUUUGCUCCGGGCAGACUAAUCCUCGAGCUGCCUCUGGACAAUGGCGGGACGCUUCAGGUGACUGCUCACGAAGCUUCCGAAAGUCAAGCUCCGCCUGGUGCACCUGCAGGGUCCUUCCAGGAAUGGCGCUGUCUUCGUUUCCUUCGCAGCGGAGGUCUGAUACAGAGCGUGACGAAGGUGGUUGUCUAUCCAAACGACGACCCAGUUCCCAGGAUUCAAGGCCAUGUGGUGCCUUUGGCCUACACCAAGUCGUUUGCGACCGUCGUCCUGGCUGCCUUGUCGGCCAUGGGUGUCCCGGUUUUGCCAAGAAAGGCCAUGAAGGCCAAGGAGCCUCUGCGCAUCCUCUGCAUUGGCCUGGGUGGCGGGUCUGUCCCGUCUUUCUACGCGGAGAGCCUUCCCCAUUGUCAGGUCGAUGUGGUUGAGUUGGAGCCCGCGGUCGUGCAUGCUGCAAAGGAGGGCAUGGGCUUUCGCGAGUGGCAUAACCUUCGGGUCUUCGUGGAGGAUGGAGUCACUUUCGCGCAGCAGAAGGUCCAGGCUCGACCAAGAGGCGUGGGAGUGUAUGAUGCAGUCCUUGUUGAUGCAUAUGAUCCAGAUGGGAACGUUCCUGAAGCCUUGUGGAGCAGGGAUGGGGGCUUGGUUGAAGCCCUGUCUGAUGGUCUGCUGCGGCCCUGUGGUGUUGUUGCCACCAACUUUCUGCCUCAUGUUGAUCUCGCCGACGCUCUAGCUGCAUACAGCGGAGCCUUGAGCUCGCACGGCUCGGGCAGAAGCUUUUCCAUUCAGGUCAACAAGCCAAUUGACCCUGAGAACGAUUUGGAAAAACUCUUCGAUGUAGAGGGCACCGGAAAUCGCGCCUCGGCUCAAAGUUGCAGUUGA